GCGGGUGGAUUUACUGCCACCUGCUGGUUGGCGACCAUAGCAGAAGGAUCCCACUAAAGGUUGACUGCGGCGUGUGGAGGGAAGUUUGCUGAAUUUUGUCACGAAACAAAUGAUUAUUCGUCUUCGGAUGGAUUCAGCGAGGCGUCACUGAGACUUUGUUUUAGUAGGGAUCAGACCGAAGCAACGACAGAGAUAGGAUGGCAACAGGAGGCACUCCUUUUGAUGACGGCUCGGACGAACUGCACAACUGGUCGGGCACUAAUGCCACCCUGGAGGACAGACUCAACAACAUGGCGUGGGGUGCACAGCAGAAGAAGGCCAACCGCUCCUCUGAGAAAAACAAAAAGAAACUGCCAACCGCUGUGGUGGAAAGCCGCCUGACCAAUGACAUCUCGCCUGACUCCACCCCUUGGAGCGGGCGCAGGAGACCCCUUCAAGUCAAGUACGCCACCCAGUGGUCUGUGCCUGACCAGGCGGAACUGGACAAGAUCCAUCAGAGGAUCAAUUUCUCAGAUUUGGAUGAGAGCAUCGGGAGCGACUCCCAGGGCCGCGUCACCGCAGCCAACAACCAGCGGCAACUGGCGGCCGAGAACAGGAAGCCUCACAACUUCCUGCCGCUGCACGUCAACACUAACAAGAGCAAGGAGCUGCUCCCACCCAUGUGCUCUUCCAACCCGCCAACUCCUGGCGUCCCCAGAGAGACUGAGCGACAGAGCCCAGCACCAAGGGAUGCGAUAACCCCCGCCGCUCCUGCCAAGGCAACACCAGCGAGGCUCAUGCGCGGCAGCGCCGAGAGAGGUCUGCUGGGCUGCGCUGACCACAAGGGACGAGAGACUGACGUUGACAACAGACAGACUGCACAGUUGGUGACCAAACUGGUGCAGGUGCGCGAGUACAUCAGGAAGGCCUGCUCCAUGCGCGAUGACCUGGUGGAGAAGAACGAUGUGCCAGCCAACGUGGAGCGCCUCUCUCAUCUCAUCGAGCACCUCAAGGAGCAGGAGAAGUCCUACUUGCGCUUCUUGCAGAAAAUACUGGCUCGGGAAAAUGAGGACGAGGACCUUAGGACCCAGGACUCUGCAGUGGGUUCUGGUUCUUUGGUAGAGAGCACGUCCCUGAACGCUGAUGUCAGGUCUUCAGAUGCCUCAAAUGCACCGGGCGGCUGGCCUGAAACGUCAAUGCGGGACCAGAAAGAAGAGCUUGAGAACUUCCGCAAGCAGCACGAGCUUCUGAAGAAGAUGCUAGAGCAGCAGGAGCAGCUCAGGGCUCUGCAGGGUCGACAGGAGGCACUGCUGGCCAUGCAACAUAGUGCAGAGCGGGCACUCGCCGUGAUUGAGGACGCAGCAGUUGUCACAGAAACCACCGGCAGUGUGUCAGGCCUGAGCAUCACCUCAGAGCUCAACGAUGAGUUAAAUGAUUUGAUCCAACGUUUCCACAACCAACUGAGGGACUCCCAGACCAAGUCGGUGCCUGACAACCGUCGCCAGGCUGAGAGCCUCUCACUCUCCAGAGAAGUGAGCUGGUCCAGGACUCCUCGGGCGUUUGGUCCACCCGAACACAGGCCCGUCCUUCACUCGGCCUCAGGCCCUCACUCUGGCCUCGACGCGGGAGCGACGGCUGCCAGUGUCAAACUCACCCACCUUCAAGAACUCCAGGAAAAGAAGGAAACUAUGGACAAGAUCCUGCAGGAGCUGCACUCCCUCCGAGACCAAACUCUAAACAACAGCUACAGUAAGAACGUUUUUUGUCAUAUUUAUUGUCAACCUUUGAGCAUCACUCCUUAAACAACAGGUGGUGUAUUUGGAGGUGGCGGCUUCUCGACGCAGCGCAGUUUGAGUACUGGAGGAUCAUCAGAUUGUCCAUCUGCUAUUUGCUCAAAUGGAGCCACAGCUGCUGCUUCCUUUCAUCCAUCGCACGCACAAUGUGACGAUAGUUCCAACCCUGCAGACAAACUCAGGGAGCUGAAGGAGGUCCACAAACGUUUUAACGAGCUACGGGAAUUGGUGCAGUACUUUGAGCAGACCUCUGAUAUGAUGGUGGACGCGGUUAAUGAAAAUGUGAAAGAGGAGGAGGAGGACGAGGAGGAGGAAGAGACGGAGGAUGGCUCCAUAGAGGCCAUGUUUGACUGUGACCAAGAGAAUCGGCAACCGCCGACUAACAUCAGAAACCCACAGCGCAGCGGAAACUGGAGCGACUUGAACGGCCAUGGCAACCACCGCGCCGUCUCAAGUAACGCCAUCAACAACCGCAACAGCCGACUCAACACAGAGUGUGAGAUCAACAACCGGUCAGCGGCCAACCUCCGCAGCUUCAAUAUCCCCUCAGCCAUUGAGUGCCAGUACAACACGGACACCGCAUACAACUGGAUGAAGGAUGAAGAUGGUCUCAAUAACGACGAGGGCGCACAUGCUGAUGUUCCAGAUGAAGAGGCGUCGGGGUCACAAUCGAGCAGCAGCCUCAUUUUUGGUGCCUCCCUCACUCAUGAGGUCCACCAGUACAAAGUCAAGCAGCAGCGUAAGCUUCAGGAGCUUGUUGCCAUGGUUCAGAGUGAUGACACAGACACAACAACCGCUAAUGAAGAGGAAGCUUUACACCAGCAGCAGAAUAACACAAGAGUUUGCGUUCGAGGCUCGCAGGCAGCUGCAUCGACACAGCAUCCCAGGGAAUCGGACGCCGUUCUCUACAGCAAGGCCAGGGAGAAGAUAUAUAAAGAGAAGCUUCGCAUGCAGAAGCAGGCGCUCAAACAGGUCCACGAAGAGAGUCGGAUGCUUUGCGAAAUUCAAGCCAAGAUCCAGGACCUCCAGCUGACUUGCCCUGACUUGCAGUCCUCAUUGUCCAGCCAAGUGAGUGACCAAUGUUUGCCAUGGAAGAUCCCGGCUGCGGCUUCGACCCCGGUCGUCGUGCAGCCUACCUCCUCUGCACCCAAACCCAGUCCGCCGGGGCUCAAGCCCACCGCUCCAGAAGCUGCGGCUACUUCAGUCACCGACAACGAGCAGCUGUGGUCGGAGAUGCGUCGUCACCAGAUCUUGCGAGAAGAACUGCGGCAGCGCCGUAAACACCUGGAGUCCUUAAUGGCUGAACAUCAGAGACGCAGCGGCAUCGCUUACUCCCCCUGUAGGACUAACGAGCAAGCGGGUUCCACCUCCGAGAUUGUCGGUAGUCGGGAUGAAAGGACAAUGGCCACAUGGGGUUCCACUCCCUGCAAUAUGGAAGUGGAUGAGGACGAUGACUAUCACUCUGAGCAAACAGGAGAGAAAGACGGCAGCUCUGAGAGCGGCUCGGACAGCAGCUGUGAUGACAUCGUGCAUAUGUUCUCCCCUGGCAGUAUUCAGACAACAUACACCAAGAGAAAGAACCAAGAAUGUAACUCGAAGCCCCCGGCAGCCACUGGCCAGCAUCCAUCCCCUCAUGUUAAGACCAAGACUAAGCCACAGCAGCCACCUAGAAGUUCCAGCCAGUCUGCAAGCCAGCCUGCAAGCCAGCCUGCAGGUUCAAGGCGUCAAGAGAACCUGUGCUGGGCCUCCGAUCUCUCUGUCGCUGAGGGCUCCACACACUGGCAGGAGCAGAUAAACCAGCUCCAGAGACAACUAGACCACAGCACCAUGUGUCAAACACUCAUGCAGGACCAGCAGAUGAUGUCUUGCAUGAUGCAGAGCCUGAUUAGGGGUCCGCAGAGCAUGCCAUCCAACAGCCUGUCGUCACCGCAGGCCCACCUGGUCAUGCACCAGCUUAACCAGUGUUACACCCAAUUAGCUUGGCAGCAAAACAAUGUACAAAGACUGAAACAGGUGCUGAAUGAGCUCAUGCAGCAGCAGCAGCAGCAGCAGCAGCAGCAGCAGCAGCAGCAGCAGCAGCAGCAGCAGCAGAUGGAGCCUCAACAAACUUUGUCCUCUUCAACCCAAGGAUUUCACCCCUUUCCACUUUUCCCCACUGCGAUGGGCGAGUUCCCUCAGGGCGCAGCUUGUCACGCUAACCCGGACCAGCACAAGCAGAAUUUAGGCCCCAACACCUCCAUGAAAACAGAGUACAUGAGUUUCCCUCCGCCGCUGCAGCGCUCGCCUCUGAACAUGGCAGCAGACAGACGAGCACCAGCGUGGCCCAAUCACACAGGCCUGCAACAUCCUACUCAAACACCUCCCUCGUCCUCCGCCAUGCCGCCACACCGCUGCAGCCAGUCUCCUGUGGAGUGCGGCCGGGCUUCAGGGGGAAGCAUCAGCAGCUUGCCUGAUCAGGUGGACCCCACCACCAUCACGAAGACCUUCAAAGCCGGACGCAAGGCCUCCGCCCAAGCCAACCUGGCCUCGCGAAGCAAGACGCCCCUUUCUAAGAGUCGCCGCAGGAGGGGCAAAGGACUCAGCAAAAACAAUGAAGCAGGUCUGGAGAGCGACAGCCUGAGCAGCACGGCUGACUUUCACCAAGAGAGGGCAGUCUUGUCUCGCCACAAAGAUCAGCAUCUUUUGGACAAACUCACUCAGGAGAAACUCAACAGCAAAACUAAGCUUGGGAACAGACCAAAUGACCAUUCCUCUGCUUAUGCAUGGAGAACACCCUUCCUCUCUAACAGAAUUGCAUGCACAGAAGCAGCAGACACCAGCAGCGACUUCUGCCUCUUUGAGGCUCUGAGGGAGACCAUCUACUCCGAGGUGGCGACUCUGAUAUCCCAGAACGAGUCCCGGCCUCACUUUCUAAUCGAGCUCUUCCACGAGCUGCAGCUGCUUAAUACAGACUAUCUAAGGCAGAGGGCGCUCUAUGCUCUGCAGGACUUGGUGACCAGGCAUCUGGCUGAGAAGAGUGCCUCCCAGGAAAUGCCGCCCCUCGGAGCAGCGUCUUGGACCGGAGGCUCUCAUUCUGAACUUACGCCCAGUGAAAGCCCCACAACCAGCGAUGUCGAAGUGAUGGAGGAGAACUUGAAGAAGAGAGAUGGCGCAGAGUCUGUGGGUAAUGACAGCACUGUGUCUUCUAACAACCUGGAUCCAUUUGCCAAAGACGACCCGGGCAACACCGUCAUCCAUUUGGAUUAUGCCUUGGCCAAGAUACACAAAUACGAUCGCAUGAAGUUGAAAGGGGACUUAAGCACAGCUGGUGAAUCCGACCUCUCAAAUGUGGAGGCUGCUGUUGCUGCGGCAGACGGAGGAGCCUCUGGUGACGUGCACUGCCCUCAGAUUGACACCCAACAACUCAACCAGCAAAUUAGGGCAAUCAUGUCAGAGGUCAUUCCUUUCCUAAAGGAGAACAUGGACGAGGUGUGCUCCCAGCACCUGCUGACGUCUUUAUGUCGCAAGGUCUUGGCGCUCACCCAGCAGAAUGAUGAGAGCAAGGAGUUUGUGCGCUUCUUCCACAGACAGCUAGGCGGCAUUCUGCAGGAUUCUCUCAGUGUGUUCGCGGGCCACACCCUAAAGGACUGCGGCGAGGACCUUCUGGUGGAGAUCUCGGACAUCCUCUUCAAUGAGCUGGCCUUUUUCAGGCUCAUGCAGGACUUGGACCAUGGCAUUGGGGUCCCUUCUGGAGCCCGGCAGAAGAAAAGGAAGAAGGCUCAGGCACCUCCAGAGGCCAGUUACACUUUGAAGGAGAGCAUGAUGGUCCAGGUCAAAACAUCAGCUUCUCCAGAUGAAGACAAGCAGGAUAAAGAUGACAGGGAGCAGUACGCUAAUUCUUCUCAGCAGGGGAUGGACUUGGCUAGUCUCACGAGAAGUCAGGACGGCGGCGAUGAGGAAGAUGAGGAGGAGGCUGAAGCUUGUGGGAUGCCGCUCUCUAUCAGUCUUUCCAAAGCCGAGACACAGGCCCUGACAAACUACGGCAGCGGCGAGGAUGAGAACGAGGAGGAGGAGCUGGAGGAGUUUGAGGCGGGGCCUGUGGACGUCCAAACGUCACUGCAGGCCACGGCGGAAAGCCAUAUGGAGUUUCACAAGGAGGAAAGCAAGGAGAUGACAACUUACCUAAAUUCAGCAAACAACAUUGAGUCUGAAGUUGUCCAGCUGACUGAAGAUGAGCCAAUUGGGGUGGACAGUCACAGCCCUGAGGAGAAGGAAGAGGAGGACAUGGUCGCUGGUGCGCCAGAAGAAAAUAACAGAAGCUCAGAAGUUCAAGGCUUCCCCAAAGAGCCCAUCACCACCAGCAGCCCUGACACAGACUCACCAGUCAUGAUAAACGUGGACGAGGUGGGCUCAGGCAGUCAGAGGACGUCGGACGAAGACGACUUUGUCCAAGUGGACGACCUGCCCAUGCAGCUCAGCGUCAUGUGUGAGGAGGAGCUGCAGAAGAGGAUCGUGGAGGAACAGCAGAUUAACGACUUGCGGGUGGAAAUCCUCGGAAGCAACGCGGAAUCUUUGCCGGGGCUUGUGGGAAAUGACGAGGCUCUGAAGGAACCAGGAACUGCUGGCGCCCAGAAAGAAUAGAAAAACAUUAAUCAGCUGUUCCAAGGUUUGCACUUUUAAUCUGUUCUCUUGUUUAUGACCUUUAUUUUACAAGCAAAUACUGUAGACAUAAAAACUUAAUGCACACAUUACUAACAAUAAUUGUAGUCCACAAAGUGUGUGUUGUCAUUUGGGAUGAGGUCAUCGUCAUGCGCCUGCUGAGUUAGAAAAUGUUGGUUUGUUAACAUGUUAUUUCUCUUUUUAUACAUCUUUUAUCCCGCAAGGGUUUAGUUUCACCUCUUUUCCAUGUUACCAUGUUAUGAAGUUUUAAAUAAAAUGUUGGCAAUGUUAAAUACUCUUUUAUUGCUAGA